AUGGGGAGUGGGGAGCCUAAUCCUGCUGGCAAGAAAAAGAAGUACCUCAAGGCUGCCCUGUAUGUGGGUGACUUGGACCCAGAUGUCACCGAGGACAUGCUUUAUAAAAAGUUCAGGCCUGCUGGCCCUCUGCGCUUCACCAGAAUCUGCCGUGACCCAGAGACCCUCAGCCCUCUGGGCUAUGGCUAUGUUAACUUCCGCUUUCCUGCAGACGCUGAGUGGGCCCUGAACACCAUGAAUUUUGAUUUGAUUAAUGGCAAACCAUUCCGUCUCAUGUGGUCUCAGCCAGAUGACCGCUUAAGAAAGUCUGGAGUUGGAAAUAUAUUCAUCAAAAACCUGGACAAAUCCAUAGACAACAGGGCUCUUUUUUAUUUGUUUUCUGUUUUUGGGAACAUUCUCUCUUGCAAAGUUGUAUGCGAUGACAAUGGCUCUAAGGGUUAUGCCUAUGUGCACUUUGACAGCCUGGCAGCUGCCAAUAGAGCCAUCUGGCACAUGAAUGGCGUGCGGCUCAACAACCGCCAGGUGUAUGUUGGCCGAUUCAAAUUUCCAGAAGAGCGGGCAGCUGAAGUUAGGACCAGGGAUAGAGCAACUUUCACCAAUGUUUUCGUUAAAAACUUUGGAGAUGAAAUAGAUGACGAAAAACUGAAGGAAAUUUUCAGUGAAUAUGGGCCAACCGAGAGUGUUAAGGUAAUAAGAGAUGCCAGUGGGAAAUCUAAAGGCUUUGGAUUUGUAAGAUAUGAGACACACGAGGCUGCUCAGAAGGCUGUGCUAGACCUGCACGGCAAGUCCAUCGAUGGGAAAGCCCUAUAUGUAGGGCGAGCACAGAAGAAAAUUGAACGCCUGGCUGAAUUAAGGCGAAGAUUUGAAAGGCUGAAAGUAAAAGAAAAAAGUCGGCCUCCGGGGGUGCCUAUCUAUAUUAAGAACUUGGAUGGGACCAUCGAUAAUGAAAAACUAAAGGAGGAAUUUUCUUCCUUUGGAUCAAUUAGCCGAGCCAAAGUGAUGGUGGAAGUGGGGCAAGGCAAAGGGUUUGGUAUAGUCUGUUUCUCCUCUUUUGAAGAGGCUACCAAAGCAGUGGGUGAGAUGAAUGGUCGCAUGGUGGGCUCCAAACCGCUGCAUGUGACCCUGGGCCAAGCCAGGCGCAGGUGGUGA